AUGUUUGCGCCGAAUUUCCUCCCUCCCUCAUUCCUUCUCCUCCUCCUCUUGAUAUCCACCCCGCAAGUCUCCGCCCAUGCCCGGAUGAAAAUCCCGCCACCCCUCGACGGCCCGACAGCGACCGACGCUAGCGGCAAUGCCUACAACGGUCCUUUAUCGGGCACGGGUGCGGACUUUCCUUGUAAGGGACUACACAAGAAGCCCGGGGUAGACAAGACUCCGAAAGUAAAGUGGGCCGCUGGAUCUACUGCUUUCUUUGAGUUCGCCCCCCCCCCCCCCUCCAGCGCUCUUCUUCGGUUUGUGUUAACCUUACCAGACUAGUUCCUAAUGGGCCCGGCGGCGGGGAAGGAGCAAUGGCAGCCCACAGCGGUGGGAGUUGCCAAGCUUCCCUCAGCUUCGAUGACGGCAAGACCUGGAAAGUGCUGCACACCUAUCAAGGGGGGUGUCCUCGGGACGUGCCGUACAAUAGUAACAUCGGUGGCCCCAACCAGAAGUUUGAAUUCAUGGUACCGAAGCAAGCAAAGGCUGGGACAUGUUUGUUUUCUUGGUGCGACGCUUCUUCCCCCCGAUCCCCCCUCCUCUAUAUCGACCUGGCACUAACACGCUCACAAAAGGACCUGGACAGCAGCGACCGGCAAUCGCGACGAGUACUACCAGAAUUGCGCCGCUGUCGAGAUCACCGGAUCGGGCACUAGCGGGCUAGAGGAUCACGAGGACAUGUGGGUCGGGGAUAUGGAUCUCCCAGGCCGCAUCAAGGCGGGCGAAUGCCGAAGUAAGGCUGGGACCGCGAUAGUGUACCCCAACCCAGGACCAGACAUUACCAUCAAGGAGGUUUCCGGGAUUCCGUUCGGACCGUCAACCGGCGGGACGUGUUUCGUUGGUCCGGGGAAGGGGGCAGGCACCGGCAGCGGGAGUGGCGAUUCGGGCGAGGGCGCUGGUAGCGGCAGCGGUGGCAAUGGUGAUGAUGGGAGUCCGGUUGUGACAGAGAGCGAAUCCGCGGUUGCAUCGUCGCCGGUGCCGUCCGCUGCAACUAGCAUAGCUAAGGGAAAGACUACGGCUAAGGGUACGACUGCCACUACUACACCGCAGAUGGGGAACGGAAAUGGAUCUGGCGGAGACGCACCCCUUCCUACCACUGCUCCUGUUGCCACUACCCCCACCCCAAGUGGAAGCGGGAGCGGAGGCGGGACCAAAACCACAGACCCAGCGAACGGCCCCAUGUUCCCUACCUUCGAAGAAACAGUCCCCCCGAUAAGAACCUUGACCGAACCAAAGUCCGGGGCGAAGACCAGGACAGACUCGGGGCGCAGGAGUACGAGUUCUAGUUGUGACACUAGUGGCACUGGUGGCUCCGCUACUGGAGGCUCAGGCUCAGGCUCAGGCUCAGGCUCUGGAUCGGGCGGCAGCGCUGGCAACACCAACGUCGGUGCAGGCGCAGGUACAGGCACCACCCCUGCCGCCACACAAAAACCAUGGACCAAGAUAUACACGCCUACCACUUUCCAGACCAAGUUCAUUUCUACCAAUUAG